AUGGUUUUGGGUCGAUUAAAGAAUAAGAUUGGUGUUUCAGAUGCUUCGUCUGCGCCUACAGAGGGAGAUGAUAUUGGUUCAGAAAAUCAAUCGAUUCUUAUGGGAAUCAUCUCCCAAUUGCGGCCUGGUUGUGAUUUGACAAGAAUCACAUUGCCAACGUUCAUCUUAGAAAGAAAAUCGAUGUUGGAGCGUAUUACGAACGCUUUCCAUACUCCUCAAAUCCUAUUUGAAGCAAAUUCUACCUCUGACGAUAUGCAACGUUUUCUUCUUGUCGUCAAAUGGUACUUAUCUAGUUGGCAUAUUGCCCCCAAAGCAGUCAAGAAACCGCUCAACCCGAUUUUGGGUGAGGUGUUUUCUUGCUUUUGGGAUGACCUUCCGGAUCAGUCUACUGGCUAUUACGUGGCCGAACAGACUUGCCACCACCCACCGGAGUCGUCGUACUUUUAUAUGGUUCCUGAGAAGAAGAUACGGGCCGACGGUGUUGUCAUACCCAGAUCGAAAUUUUUGGGGAAUUCAUCUGCGGCGAUGAUGGAAGGAAUCGCUCACUUGACCCUAGGCGAGCACGAGAACGAAGUAUAUUCAAUGACACAACCCAAUGUCUAUUGUCGUGGUAUUCUCUUUGGCAAGCUAAAAAUGGAACUCGGUGACCAUAUGCUAAUCAAAUGUGAGAGUUUGGAGUUAGAAGCAGACAUUGAAUUUAAAACCAAAGGUUUCAUUUCUGGAGAUUACGACGUGAUCGAAGGGACUGUGAAAGAUUCAAGAACGGGGAAGAUUUUAUACACUAUCACAGGCAAAUGGAAUGGUGUUAUGGAGAUUCAAGAGACCAAAGGCUCAAAGGAGGAAUUUCUUGAUACUAGAGAAAUUAAGACAUACCCACCUCAGGUUAAGCCAAUGGAGGAGCAACUUCCUCAUGAGUCGCGUAAAUUAUGGGACAGCACAACACGAGCUCUCGGGGAGAAUGAUCACAAGACUGCUACUGAUGAAAAGUUCAAGAUUGAGGAAGAGCAGAGAAGGAAAGCAAGAGAAAGAGCUGAAAGUGGCAUACCGUUUGAGCCUAAGCUUUUCCGCAAGGAUGACGAGAAUGAGGUCCCUUUCAUCAUCAACGCCGCUAUCGAUGUGGUCAAUGACACUUCAGAGGAAAUGAAGUACAAGUUGAAUUCUCUAUUCAGAAUCGUGCCGCAAGAUAGAUCUUGA